AUGAAGCAGAAGGAUGCGCUGCGCAUCGAGAUCGAUGACAUGGAGCCUGCAGUAUUCGAGGCACUCCUGCACUUCGUCUACACAGAUUCCUUGCCGGAUGAUGCAGAUAACAAUGUGGCAAUGCAGCACCUGUUAGUUGCAGCCGAUCGGUAUGGGCUUGACAGGUUAAGGCUCCUGUGCGAAGCAAAGCUGUGCCACGAUAUCGAUGUGCCGACGAUGGACACCACCCUAGCUUUAGCAGAGCAACACCACUGUCCCCAUCUGAGAGGUGCCUGCAUUGGGUUCAUAGCUUCGCGUGACGUGCUUGGUGCCGUCAUGGAAACUGAUGGGUUCAAACAUCUCAUCACUAGCUGCCCUGCAAUCAUGAAGGAGAUUUUGGACAAGGUCGCUGCCGUCUGGAGCAAUAAGUAG